UAGACUCCCGCGGGAUACAGUUCAAAUCUUCGUAAAUCAAACAUUGUUCGUAGUUUUCUAACGGUUUUCGGACGUGUGGCCGGCAAACGAUGGCUUCACCGGCGUCCUUCCACAGCCUGGAGAGCGAUGGCAGUGAUCUUCGCAGCUCGGCGAUGCAGAAGCCCGGCAAAGGUGAGACCGUCGACAAUGACGAGUUCGAUUCCUGGGUCAAGGCGAAGCAGCUGCUCAAACCGGUGGACCAGUUGGACCUGACGGAAGCCGAACUAGGCGAGGAGGUACCGAAGCUGCUGUCUACGGAAAACCGACAUCUACCGAGGAAUUUGGUCAUCUACAACUUCCGGGAGGGCGCCUUUUUGCCGGUUCCUCCACCGGAAAACACCGUCACCUUGCUCGAGUUCGAGGGAACUUCGCUCCAUAAGGAUUGUCCGGAAGCGAAGGAACAGAUUGCUCGCAAAGGAACCGACGAACUGAACAUCACCUUGGACAAACCAACAGAGCCAAGUCCGGAAGAGGAAGAAGCAUCACGCAAAUCGGAAACUCCGGAAGGCGAAGAAGCCGAACGGGAAGAAGGAGAAGAAGGCGAAGCCGAUGCCGAAGCCCAGGAACAGGAAGAGGAAGCUCAGGCGGCCCCGGAGGAGGAAGCGGCCGGUCCGAACAAGAAACUGACCAAUCAGUUUAACUUCUGCGAACGAGCGGCUCUUACGAUUGCCAAUCCGACGAGGUCUGUCGACACUCAAACGAUUCCUCCCCCGCGUUCCACUUUCGGUGCCAGCGUGCUCCAGUGGGUAAUCUAUGAUUCGUACGCCGAAGAUUAUCAGCAGGUUCUGCGAGAGAAGGAACGCGAGAAGGAGAAGAAACCAACGAUGCACAAGCGAGACGAACGAUCUCGCAAGGACGACAAAGCCAAACAGGCCGAAGAGUUCAACAAACGGUAUCUGCAGGCGGCCCAAAUCAUCGAACGGAUGGUCAACCAAAACAUCUACGACGAGAUUGCCCAGGACUAUCGCUACUGGGAGGACCCCUCGGAUGAAUUCCGUGAGGAGGAGGGCACAUUGCUGCCGUUGUGGAAAUUCUCCUACGAGAAAACCAAGAAAAUGUGCGUCACAGAUUUGUGCUUCAACACACUGUACUACGAUCUAUUUGCGGUUUGUUUCGGAUCUUUGGACUUCAUGAAGCAAGGCAACGAAGGAGCAGUUUGCUUGUUCACAAUCAAAAAUCCGUCCUUUCCCGACUACCGAAUUUCAACCGAGAGCGGGGCCAUGUGUUGCGACAUUCACCCCAAAUAUCCGUACCUGGUGUGCAUCGGCCUUUACGAUGGGAACGUGCUGGUGUACAAUCUCCAGGUCGGCACCAAGGAACCUGUCUACAUGUCCCACGGAGUCAACGGCAAACACUCGGAAGCGGUCUGGGAGAUUAAAUGGGGCCCGGACAUGCAGGACGGCGAAAUCAACUUCUACUCGGUGUCCGGCGAUGGGCGGGUCUUCAACUGGGUGUUGAUGCAGAACAAACUGGCCAUAACGACCAUCAUUUCGUUGUUCCUGGACGUGGAUCAGGUCGGCGGCCCAGAUGGAAGCUCAAUAAAGCUCAAGGGCUGCGGUAUGUGUAUGGUUUUUCACCCAACCAAUCCGGAACUGUUCCUGGUUGGCACCGAGGAGGGGUACAUUUUCAAAUGCAGCACGGCUUACAGCUCCAAUACCCAAUCAAAGGUAAGAUAUCUGAUGACCUACUAUGCCCACUACUUGCCCGUUCAUCGGAUGGAUUACAACAAGUUCAACUCCAACAUAUUUGCAUCCUGCAGCGGCGACUGGCGUGUCAAGAUCUGGGAGGACAUGAGACCGGAGCCGUUGUUCAUUUUUGACCUGGGUGCUUCCGUCGGGGACGUCAAGUGGGCUCCCUAUUCCAGCACCGUUUUUGCCGCCGUCACGACCGAGGGCAAAGUGUUUGUAUUUGAUCUCAACGUCAACAAGUACAAGGCGAUCUGUAUCCAGGCUGUGGUAUCGAAGAAGAAGAACAAACUGUCCCGGAUUGCGUUCAACCAGAAGUUGCCGUUCAUCAUCGUUGGCGACGAUAAGGGCACCACCAUUACGUUGAAGCUGUCGCCGAAUCUGCGCAUCAAAACCAAGGCUCCCAAGAAGGCCACUGGCGUUGAUGUCCACCAGCUCGAGGCCCAGAAACUGGACCGGCUCCUGUCAUUGGUGCGAGAACUUCCGGAAGGUGAACUGGUCAAGGAAACCGUUUCAACUGUGGCCUCCAAUUAAGGCGGGCGGAACAUGCAUAUGCAGAUAUUUAGCUCUAGUAGAAGACAAACUAAACCAAAUUACCAUUGCAAAUGGAGUGUGAUCGUAGAAAUGAUUAGCAACAAACAACACCGACACGCGUUUUUUCAGUGUAGAAUACCCUUAGUAGGAAGCAAUAAAUUAUUUAUUUUGUAGACAUUGUACC